UACCACGUGGGAGGCAAAGUGCAGAUUUUUUACCAGCUUGGAGGUGACAUGUGGCUUCUAACGACCCUGCUCCUUUGGGUUCCAGGCGGUGGACAAGUGGUCAGUGACAGGAAGGCUGUGAUCACCUUGCAGCCUCCGUGGGUCAGUAUUUUCCAGGAGGAAAAUGUCACUUUAUGGUGUGAGGGGCCCCACCCGCCUGGAGGCAGUUCCACACAGUGGCUUCUGAACAACACAGUCCUUCAGGUCUCCACGCCUAGUUACAGGAUCACUGAGGCCACUUUCAAGGACAGUGGUGAAUACAGAUGCCAGACCGGUCUCUCAAUGCCAAGCGACCCUGUACAAUUGGAAAUCCACACAGACUUGCUGCUACUCCAGGCCUCCCGCAGAGUCCUCACGGAAGGAGAACCUCUGGCCUUGCGAUGCCAUGGAUGGAAGAAUAAGCUGGUGUACAAUGUGAUUUUCUAUCAAAAUGGAAAAUCCUUUAACUUUUCUCGAGGUUCUGAGGUCAAAAUUCUGAAAACCAACCUGAGUCACAAUGGCGUCUACCACUGCUCAGGAAUGGGAAGAAACCACCGCUUCGAGUCUGCCAAAAUGGCUGUCACUGUGAAAGAGCUGUUUGCAGCUCCAGUGCUGAGCGCAUCCUUGUCUUCUCCCUUUCUGGAGGGGAGUCCGGUCACCCUGAGCUGUGAGACAAAGUUGCUCGUACAGAGUCCUGGCUUGCAGCUUUACUUCUCCUUCUACGUGGGCAGCAAGAUCCUGGAGGAUAGGAAUACCUCCUCAGAGUACCACAUACCAAGUGUCGGAAGCGAAGAUUCCGGGUUGUACUGGUGUGAGGUAGCCACAGCGGACGGCAGUGUCCUUAAGCACAGUCCUGAGCUGGAGCUUAGAACAUUUGAAUCCAGGACCACCAGAGCAGGGAUGGCACCACCCAUAAUGGAUUGGGCCCUCCCCCAUCAAUCACUAAUUGAGAAAAUGCAGUUGAGCUGGAUCUUACGAAGGCAUUUUCUCAGUUGAGGUUACCUCCUUUCAGAUAACUCUAGCUUGUGACAAGUUGACGUAAAACUAGCCAGGACACAGGUGUGGGCUUUGAUGACGAUUCCCAUGAUGGCUUUACAGUUGGCCUGCACGGACAACACACUCUCCUGACUGUAUCUGACUGAGUUGGAGGGUUCAUGAGUUCCAGAACCAAGGCUCUGGCAGGGAGGAGUCUUGAAACCUGCUUUAAGCAUCAAAGAUACAGAAAUAGCAGCUGUCUCUGAAGUUAAGGACAGUGUAGUAUUCCCGAGGAGCCUGGUCCACCUGAAGGGCCCAUCUGGAAUGGCUGCAAAUUUCUUGUCCCCUGAACUUAUUUCUGGGGGACGACAGCCUUCCUCAGUCUCCUAAACAACUUGACUGGAUCACUCCAAUGUCUAAGGAUU